UUUUUUCUUAAUAGGUGAAGAAAUCUUGAAGACCAGAAAUUGGAUCUUAUUGAAUUUUAUUUUUUGGCCUUUUUUCUUUUUCUUUUUAAAUUGUUCGACUAUGGAAGAUGGAUUUUUUUUUUUUUUAAAUGAUUCUCUGAAUCUCAAGUUCAUCUUUAAAUGAACUUUUUUGGUUUUUGUUUUUGAGGAGAUAACUAAUGCUAGCUGUCUCCAGUCUGACAAAGGUUAUUCAAAUGGACUUAAUCUUCCCAUAGUUGGGAGAUGUUUUAAAGAUGUUUUAAAAACACAUCCUGUGUUUCAUUUGUGGCUGAGAGGUUUCCUUGGCAAUGUGAGGAAGAAAAUUCUUUCUGCCUCAUUAUUAUUAAUUCAUGGAUUGAGUGUUGGUUCGACCUACAGGCGUAAUAGAUUGGAACUCAGUGAAGACACAGAUGUUCCUGUUGAGAACCACCAGCUAAUGAUUACAUUUUAAAGACGAUUUCUGUGUUUGACUUGUCAUUUGGAAGACUGGAAGAUUAAGCCCAUUUCAAGAGGACUUGGAACUGGUCCUCACCUUGAGGAAGCAGUGGCUUAUUUCAGAAGGCCGCCUAGCCACAAAGUCACUCAGCAUGUCUAAUCAAGGAGAAGACUGCUAUUUUUUUUUCUAUUCUACAUGUACCAAAGGUGACAGCUGCCCAUUCCGUCACUGUGAAGCUGCACUAGGAAAUGAAACUGUUUGCACGUUAUGGCAAGAAGGACGCUGUUAUCGACAAGUGUGCAGGUUUCGCCACAUGGAGAUUGAUAAAAAACGCAGUGAAAUUCCAUGUUACUGGGAAAAUCAGCCAAUGGGAUGUCAAAAACUAAACUGUGCUUUCCAUCAUAACAGAGGACGCUAUGUUGAUGGCCUGUUCCUACCUCCAAGUAAAACUGUUUUGCCCACUGUGCUUGAGUCACAAGAAGAAGAAGUAAAGGCUGGUCAGCUUACGGCUCAGCAGAAUAAAUUGUCUGUCCAGUCGAACCCCUCCCCUCAGCUGCGGAGUGUUAUGAAAGUAGAAAGUUCUGAAAAUGUUCCUAGCCCCACACAUCCACCAGUUGUAAUCAAUGCUGCAGAUGAUGAUGAAGAUGAUGAUGACCAGUUUUCUGAGGAGGGCGAUGAAACCAAAACACCUACUCUACAACCAACUCCUGAAGUCCAUAAUGGAUUACGAGUGGCUCCUGCACGGAAACCCGGAGUCAGUUUAAAGCAAGGUGAAAGUUUAAAUUUUGGAAUAAAAACUCUUGAGGAAAUAAAAUCAAAGAAAAUGAAGGAAAAAUCCAAGAAGCAAGGUGAAGGUUCUUCAAGUGUUUCCAGUCUGCUGCUCCAACCUCAGCCCAUUCCUGGUCCUGAAAAAGAAAAUGUUCGGACUGUAGUGAGGACAGUAACUCUGUCAAACAAACAAGGAGAAGAACCUUUGGUUAGACUUAGUCUUACUGAGAGACUAGGGAAACGAAAACUUUCAGAAGGUGGUGACAGUGAUCCUCCAUUAAAACGGAGUCUGGCUCAGAGGCUGGGGAAAAAAAUUGAAGCUCCAGAAAUGAAUACUGACAAAACAUCAAAGAAAGUUCAAGUUUCCAAGUCUCUGAAGGAGCGAUUAGGCGUGUCAGCUGUGCCAAAUAGUGAGGAGGCAACAGAGAGAGUUAAUAAAGUUGGUGAGAUCCACGUGAAGACAUUAGAAGAAAUUCUUCUUGAAAGAGCUAGUCAAAAACGUGGAGAAUUGCAAACUAAAUUCAAGACAGAAGGAUCUUCAAAACCUGAUGAUUCUACAUUGGAAACAAAAAGCUCCUCCACUGUCCGAAUCAAAACCUUCUCUGAGGUCCUGGCUGAAAAAAAACAUCGACAACAGGAGACAGAGAAACAAAAAAGCAAAAAGGAUACAACUUGCAUCAAGCUAAAGACUGAUAGUGAAGUUAAAAAAAUGGUGAUUUUGCCACCUGUCGCUGUGAGCAAAGGACAAUCAGAGGAGCCUGCAGGUAGAACAAAGUCUAUGCAGGAGGUGCACAUUAAGACACUGGAGGAAAUUAAACUGGAGAAGGCACUGAGGAUACAGCAGAGCUUUGAGAGCAGCACAGGUUCCCAGCCCCACCCCGAGGCCACCCUGGGUACAAGGCGGCUGCUGCGAGUCACCAAAAGAACAGGUGUGAAAGAAGAGAAAAGACUUCAGGAAGGAAAUGAAGUGGCUUCUCAGAGCAGUGCUACUAGGACAGAGGCCAGUGAGGCUUCCGAUGAGACUGUAGGAGUUGAUACUACAACAUCUCCAAUCAAGAGAUGUGAGACUAUGAGGGAGAAUCAUACUCAGAAACAGCAAGAGAAGGGAGCCUCACAAAAGGAAAAGUCUGUCUUGACACCCCUGUGGGGAGAUGCAGCCUCUUGCAAUACCCAUGUGGUGGAGAAGCCUCUGCUCACUGCUGUGCCCGGUGUCACAUUACACCUCAGCAAGCGGCUUCCUACAAAGUCAUGCCAGAAGAUAGAGGUAGAACCCUCAGGGAUUGGGGACUCAAUACUGAAUGUGAAAUGUGCAACACAGUCUUUGGAAAAAAGGGGUAAAGCUAAACCCAAAGUAAAUGUGAAGCCAUCUGUUGUUAAAGUUGUUUCAUCUCCCAAAUUGGCCCAAAAACGCAAGGCUGCAGAGGUGCAUCCUGCUGUUGUUGCAGCAGUGAAGCCACUCAGCUCCAGCACUGUCCUGCAGGAAAUCCCAGCCAAAAAAGCAGCUGUGGCUGUUGUCCCACUGACCUCUGAGGACGAAUCAGUCACUGUGCCUGAGACAGAAACACCUAGAGACAGUUUUGUGCUGCCUCCUGCCCAGUCCUCUUCAGACCCCAUACCCCCAGAAGUAUCUGGGCCUUCCUCAUCCCAGAUGGCCACAAAAACUCGCCGACUCAGCUCUGCCUCAACAGGAAAGCCCCCCCUCUCUGUGGAGGAUGAUUUUGAGAAGCUAAUAUGGGAGAUUUCAGGAGGCAAAUUAGAAGCUGAGAUUGACCUGGAUCCUGGGAAAGAUGAAGACGAUCUUCUGCUUGAACUCUCAGAAAUGAUUGAUAGCUGAAGGCGGCAGUGAGAACACUUAAAAAAAAAAAAAUCACCAAAAAAAGACUUGUUUCUGUAUUCUAACAUGUACCUGAGAUGAUUAUUUCUUUAUUCUUGAAUUUGCCCCAAAUCAGAAGUAUACCUCUGCAUUACUGUUUGUGUUCUGGAUUCCUCGGGGUUAGAUUUUUCAAGUCCCUUGCUAAGCAUUUUAUGUUAUUGUUAAGUAUCUUUGAGAAAAAAGUUCUGUAAUACCCUUCUCUCCACACACACACACACACACAAAAAAAAAAAGACUGAGAGGGAGCUCUGAGUUGAAAGGGUGUAAAAGAACUUAGUGAUUCCUUGAGGUGUUUGUCAUGUUUAACUGUUUUCCUCUUUGUUGUAUUCUUUCUUUUACGUAUUGUCUUAAUGUACUUAAUAUUAUCUAUGUUUGAAAUGGAUAAAGACAGCUGCUACCAUUGUGGACCAAAUUCCAUACUACCACUAAACUGAGACCCCAUUCAGUCUGUGUCAACGUACAUGUCUUUUUAAUGGUAUUUGGAGAUUUCAACUAAGCUUUAAAGAGACCUGAGUAGCUCAAGAGAAAAAAUAUGGACAUAAUUCUUUGGACCUGAUUUUGAUGCUUAAGCUGCUCUGUAUGCCUCUGAAGAGCAAUAGCUAAUUUAUUAUUACUGUAAUUUUAAAAAAGGCUUUAAAGUGCCUCAGGGGUCCCCUAAACCUGAUUUUCUACUUCCGGGAGUCCCUAGUUUAGAGGAAUUAUUUUUUAAUAUGAAAGUUGUCCCUUCUCCCUUCAGCCUCCAUUGGCAUUGAAUUGUCACAGGGACAUAAAGUGGUCAGUUUUUAAAUUUCUAACUUUCAACAAGCUCCUCUUGUCCAGUGUUUAUUUGGUGCCCUUAACCAACUGAACAGGAAAAAAAAAUAACUCAUUAAAGCUGCAAUUAUUUCUCUAAGGACUGUAGCAGUACAUUGAAUUGUACUGUAGCUGGGAUUUUGAGAUGCUCUGGGGGUGUAUUGUAUACCUUCCAGUUUUCUUCACUAAUCUGAGUUUUUCUUUAAUUCAUGUUGGUCUCCUUCAUAUCACCUCAAGGUUUAGACUUGUGAAGGAACAAGUACGAUGGGGAUAAUAGUCUUGAAGGGAGACACUGUCCAUAAUCAGGAAGAGGAAAGAAGGACUUGUCCAUUUUGAUAUUUCGCAGUAGGUGGCUAGUUUUGUUUCUCAUAAAGAAAUUGAACCACCUGUCAUGUUGGCUCCUAAGGAACUGCUGUUGUAAGUGGCUCAUCAAGAGUUGAACUUCAUGUAGCCUUGUUGGGAAUAUGAAAAGGAAGAAAGCCACAGGACUGCCCAUUCAGUCUUGGGAAGAUCUGGAUGAUUCUGCACAAGUAAAAAUAACUUGAAAUUUAUGUACAGACACACCUCUACCAAUCCAUCUUCAGCUGACUGAAUGUUGUAUUAUACCCCUUUUCCAAAGCGGGUGGAAUGUUCUGGUUUCACCACAGGUUUUAUAAACUCAUUGCAUAUUUGGAAUCAUCUUAAGGAUUCCAGAUACCUUUUGUAUAUAACUGUUAUUCUUUUGCUUUUUUAAAAAUAAUUUGUUUCAUAUUUAAAACCCUUGUAUUAGUGAUUCAUGUUCAGCAUUAUUUGAAAUCAUCUGCCAUGACAGAAAGGAAAUACUUACUUGUGUUUCAAAUAAAACUGGUAUAGGAAAGUCUUGACGUGGUAAAUUAAGUAGUUUUAUACUUGGCCCAGACCCACCUUGGUUAGCAGCCAAACCGUCACUGGCCUUUCAAGUAAACCCUGUUUCUGUUUGGGUUUAGAAGACUUCCAAGGACAAAUUCAAAAUUAAUCACAACUGUGUACAGUUGUAGCUAUAUAACUUUAAAUUUUAAAAAUGCAUGUUGACGGAUAUGCAGAUUGUUUCCAAAAUUUAGGUAUUAUGAAUUGUGCUGCUAUAAACAAGGAAUGCAUGUAUCUCUGUAAGAUGUGCUUAUAUCUUGUGAAGAUACCCAGAAGAGUUACACCAGAGUCAAAAGGAUCUCUGGUUUUAGUUUUUUGGAGGAGUCUCCAGAGUCAUCAUGUGUUCUUUUUCCAGUCAACUUUGCAGCAUGGUCCCCCUUUCCCUACAAUCCACCUGCAAUUUUUGAGUUCUUGAUGAUAGCAUGCUUACUGGAAUCAGCUCAAACAUAAGUGGGCUUUGAUUUGGACAAAGAUACUGAACAUACUUUUUUUCUGCAUUCUGUAGCCUUUAAUGGUUCGAGAAGUAUCUAUUCUUUUUGAGUUUUGAAACUUGAACUUUUAUUUUGGGGGUGUCUAAUGGUUUUGAGAUGUUUAUAUGUUCUAGAUGUUAAUUCUCUGUCCACAGAAUAGCUGACAAAGAUUUUCUCACUCUGGAGGUUCUCUAUCCAACCUAUUUGUUGUUUCCUGUAGAAACCUUAAUUUUACAUAAUCUCGUGUGUUGAUUCUUUGUAGUAUUGCUUGUGCGACUAUUUAAAAAGUCCUUGCCCAUACCCGUGUCUUCAAGAGCUUUACUUUUUUUGUUUUCCAGCAGAUUCAGCGUUUCUAGUUUAAUAUCUAGUUCUCUAUUUCUUUGGACUUGGUUUUCGUAGUGUGUGUGAGAUACAAGUCUGGAUUUCAUCAUGCUUUGGAAUCCCCAGUUUUCCCAGCACUGUUGUUGAAGAGAGUGUCCUUCUCCAUGUUCUUUGUCUCUUCGUCCAAGUGUCCAAAAGUAUUGGGUGGUUUCUUCACUCACUGUGAUCAAUACGUAUGUUUUUGUGCCAGUACCAUGAUGUAUGUAUCACGGUAGGUUUUUGGCAUAACUUUACAUCUGAAAAAUCAUUCCUCCUGUUUUGCUGUUAUGCCCAGGAGUUCUUUGGUGUAUUUUGAUUUCAUAUGAAUGUAGGAGUGUGCAUUAUGGUUCUGUAAAGAACACAAAGUAGUUUGAUGAGAAUUGCAUUAAACUUAUCUACUAUUUAUUGGAAAAUGGACAUUUUGACAGUAUUGGUUGACUGUGCCUAUCCAGUAAUGGGAAGUGUCUAUUUUCUAUUAACUUUAACCUCUUUCUGUUUUCUUUUUUUACUAUUACCAUUUUUGUUAUAGGGCAUGUUUACUUUCUUUGCUAAAUUUAUUCUUAGGCAUUUGAUUUUUUUCACACAUUAAUCGGAUUGUUUACUGGUUUCUUUUUUUAGUGGGUUCAUGCAUAGAACAAUAUUGAUCUUGUACCUUGAAUUGAUUGCCAUGAUUUUGUUUUCUGUGGUCUGGUAUGUGGUGUGGUUCCGAUAUUUUCCAUUUUUUGUUAGAUUGUUAGUUGUUGAUAUUUAGAAUUAUUUCUGUAUUUUGAGUACAAAUUUGUUUUCUAAUUGUUUUAGAGGAAUAACCCAGUAUUUGGCUUGUUCUAUUGAUGCUAAAACAGGUCAUUCAGAGAGUACAAAUUGUACAUUUUUUACCGUUAUCAAAAUUAAUAUAGUGAUAUACCUAAAUAAUUGCUGUAUAACAAUUGACAUAUACAUAAUAUAUCAAUUAUAUUGAUAUAUAGUAGAUACAUAAUAUAUAUAUAUAUAUAUAUACACAUACAAUUGGUAUAUAGAGAUAUUCCUCAUUUAAUAACUUACUUGUUUAACAAGUGUUUGGACUUAUGAUUGAGGCACACUGUUUGGAUUUACAACCGUAAAACCUGUCUUUUUUUGUGCAGUUCUGUGCAGCUUGUUUAUAGAACCUCAGUGUCCUUUUUUGUACAGUAUACCUUGUUUGUACAGUACUGUACUAUCUGAUGAUUGUACUAUAUGGUACAGUACUGUAGUUUUUUGUUAUAUAUUACAGUGCUGCAUGUAAAAGUUAUGCAAAUAAAAGCAAAGUCAUCAAGUUA